UUCCCUCUCAUUUGUAAAAAAAAAAAAAAAAAACUUGGUGGCCGCCUUUCCUAUUCCGAUUUUGACGAGUCGGAGCGAUGAGUUUAGUUGCCGAGGAGUUCGCUUGCUUUAACGGAGAGUCCGCCAUGGAAGUAGACGAUACAGAAGAAGGAGAAGAAGAUCCGUUCCUUGCGUUCGUCGAGUACGCGAGGUCUGUCCUUUCGCCUGACGACGAAGACGGAGGCGGCGACGGCGGUGGAGAUCUUGAUAGUAAAGCGGAGGUGAGCCGGCCUGGUUGGAGCUGGAUCGCCGCUCGGAUUCUCAAGACUUGUAUCGCUUACUCCAGCGGAGUGACUGCCGGUAUUCUACUGUCGGAGCUCUCUCAGGCUUGGAGCGAGCAACACAGAUUCGGAGCGCCGAAGAAAAGGCCGGAAAUCGUGAAUCAACUGAAGAAGAAACACAGGAGAUCCAAGCUUCCGAACACUGUUACUAUCGAUUCAGUGCACGAGAAGAAUUUUAUCACACUCAGUAGUGUUCUCGAAGCUGUCAUUGUAGAUAUCUUCGUCCUCCCUGGUACGAAUAUCUACAUGCUUACCUUGGGAGAUUUCUGGAGCUCUAACACCAUCGAUCUAUUUAUGCAUAGAAGAUACUAUGAGUUGGUGGACCCUAGUAAUGAGAUCUUAAAGAAAGGGAGGGAGAUUUUCCUCACUGGAUGCUAUCUUCGGACAGCUAGAGAAGGAUCUGGUUAUCCUAGACUGCUUCCAACUGAAUACCUUGAUCAGGAUGACGAUGCAAUGCUAAUAGCAGCCCGGUUUUGUUCUGAUUCUUUCUCUUCAGUUUCUCUCCAACAGGCUCAAAAUGGCAUUUCUUAUUCUCUAUAUGCAAGGAUUGAAUCUAUUGGACCACUGGAAGCGAAAGGGUCAUUUUGUAAUGUGCAAAGAAAGCAAGUGACUCUAGUCGACAACGAGGACAAGAGGCUCAAGUUUCUCCUGUGGGGUGAGCAGGUCCUUCUGGCCAAUCUUCUGAGUGUUGGAAGCAUGCUUGCCCUUGAUCAGCCUUACAUCACAAGCUCCAAUGACAUCGCAGUGGAGACCGAUAGUGAGAUUUGUCUGGAGUAUGGAAGUGCCACUCAACUCUAUCUGGUGCCUUUCGUUCAGCAUGAAGAGCAAGUCUAUAUAUCAUCUUCCUCUUCACAAAUCCGACAUCAAGGAUCAAGACUUUCCUUGACUGCCUUAACUCCCACUCCCAGAGUUUCACAAGUGUCUUUACCAUGUGAUUCUCUUGGCUCAAUUGACUUCAGUAGUUAUCCCUUCCGAUCAUUCAUAACCGACCUCACCGAUAAAAUGACUGGGUUCAGCCUCUACGGCAUCGUGACAGACAUUCAUUGUGAAAGAAGCGCCAAAAAAGUAAUCUUCUAUCUGGGAAUCGAAGAUACAAGUGGGUCAAUUUUGGCGAAGCUACACUUCGUUUCAUCUUGGUAUAUUCAUUACAAAUCAUCUCAAAUUCUCAGCAUUGACAAAAAUGUCAAAUCUCAUUUUAUGGUUAUAGAUUGGCUCUCAUCUGUUCACCUCAGGUCGCUUGGAAGGUUGAGUCCCGGCCACUCUGUCUUCAUUUCUGGAUUGUCCAGCAACACAAGCAAGAAAAACCGCCUAGAAGUGUCAUGGUUUGAGAAUCAACCCGGCUCUUCCUUUAUAAACCUGAGUUGUCUCCCAGCCUUACUGAACUCCUCCUGCCUUCAUAAGUUAUCUCGCCUCUCUGAUCUUUCCACGGAGGCUAGCUGCACUUAUAUAUGUAGGGUGCGGCUUGAUCAGGUUAGCCAAUGCCACGUCAACACAGAUUUCGCGCACUCUUCCUGUGGCCGUCCGGCCAAACUCACGCCUUCCGGCAACCUGGAAUGCAGCUUCUGCCAGUGCAGUUGUGAUUCGGAGGUGGUGCGAACCUUGUUCCUGAAGAUUCCUGUUGCUGAUGAAACAGCCAAGAUAUUUGGGUGGUGCAGCGGCCCGACGGCGGCUGAGAUGCUUCAAAUAUCCCCUGACGAGUUCUUUGAGCUCCCCGAGGACGAGCAAUUUAUGUAUCCGUCAUCUUUAGAGAACGAAUGCUUUGUAGUAGCAUUGGUGAAUUCCAAGCAGCCAGGGUAUGGGCGGGGUCAUUGCAUCGAUCUGGAGGACGAUGCAGUUUCGUGGGAGAUCACCCGUGCCCAGAAUGUGAACAAUGUUGGAUAAAGCGGUAAAAUAAGUUAAACGGUUGCUAGAGGGUGAGAAAAUUGGCGGUAGUAUUGUCAAAUGUCAAGUCAUGAUUCUAAAUCUGUUUCUUUUCAGCAGAGUGACGAGCUGGGUUCAUUAGGUAUCCGUUGCCUGUAGUUGGCCCAGAAAUCUGGUGAGAAGUGAGAACGUAGUGGGGCAAGAAAAAGUAGAGAAGAAUGUGCCCGUUUUCCCGUGUUCCGCCUUCAGGCUCGUUUAGGAUCUGUCUUCUGACGUGGAUUCAAUCCGUUUUUAAUUCAUUUUAUAGUUUUCACUUGCCUUUUAAACUGACUCAACUUUGUUUUAGUAAACUACUUGAUUUCAAAUGAAGUGUUGAACUUUUAAUAA